GAACCACUCGCUCCUCGGCUGACAGCGUUCUUCGACUUUGUGCCUACCGCCAGAGCCUACUCGGUCUCCUGAGCAUGCCUCGAACGACCCUCGUGACCAUCGUGCGACACGGCGAGACGGACUACAACAAGGCCGGGAUCGUGCAGGGCCACCUCGACGUGCCGCUUAACGCGCAGGGCGUUGCGCAGGCCCAGGUCACCGGGCGCUGGUUUGCGGCGCAGGGCGUGUGCUUCGACGAGGCGUGGAGCAGCGACUUGGCGAGGGCGAGAACGACGGCCGAUACAAUCUUGGAGUCGCAGCGGCAUCCGCCGCAGCUGGCCCUCGACGAGCGGAUCCGUGAGAGGCAUCUCGGCGCUAUGCAAGGCAAACGCCGAGGCGAUCCAGGUGCCGACCCGUCGACCGUCGAGCCCAUCCCGCAACUGCGCGCACGACUAUGGUCGUUCUGGGACGCCGCUUUUCCCCCUUCCGGCCCCGAGCCGACGUCCCCCGCCUCCUCAACUUCCUCACUCGCCCCGCCGCCGCCGUGCUCCACCUUCUCGAACAGCACGACCGCCCCCUCCUCGCAUCGGGCUGCCGCCAAGCAGAUCCUCUACGUCUCGCACGGCGCCGCCAUCCGCGACUUCAUCUCUUCGCUCGCGGCGCAGGACGUGCUCCCCGUCGAGAAGGGCGGCGGGCGCUCGUUUGAGCUGUGCCUGCCCGAGGCCGAAGCGCACGCGCUCAAGACGGGCGCGAGGAGGAUUGGCAACUGCUCGAGGACGGUGGUCGAGAUGGACUGGCUCGAGGACGGCAAAGGUGAGGGCAGAUGGCACGGUCGCCUGCUGCUGUACGCCGACGACGCGCACUUUGUCGACUCGAGCAGGGCGCCGAGCCCGACAGCGAACGCCGACGUCGUCGAGUGAGGGCGAGAGGAGGCGGUUCGACGAGCGAGGGAGGGGCAACGCGGGCCGUGUAGAGCGUGCAAGGGUCGGCGUCGAGCG